CGCCGUGCUCGUCGUUGCGUUGCGUGUCGAAGGGGAGCGCGUGCAGCCGGGUCGUUUAGACGACGAAGCUUUUGCGACUCGCGGAAUUGGGUCAGGAAGUGCAUUUGUUUACCAAAACAUAGCCCGGCUAGCUAACUGUUAGCCAGUGCGACGCAGUUAGCAGCCACGCGAGGGCAUGUCAAUAAACACGUGCACGUCCUCUGUUUCUACAGCUGGUGAAUAUGUUCAGCCUCAACAAUCACACGCGAGGCUCACAUCGACCGAACUGUCUCGCGCUGCUAGCUGACGUUAGCUCACGCGCGUAGCUUUGCUAUGAGAAGGCUGGUGGGGAGGCUGGCUCCAGCAGAGCUUCCAGGCCGUCAAAGAGAAGUCAACGGAGGCCUUGGAGUUCAUAAUGCGAGACCUCACCGAGUUCUCCACAGUGGUGCAGCAUGACACAACCUGCUCCAUCGUGGCCACGGCCACGGCGGUCAGGAAUAAGCUUGCGGUGGAAGGUUCCUCUGACACCUCAGAAAAGGUCAAGAAGAGCCUCUCUAGUUUCCUGGGGGUGAUAACGGACACGCUGGCGCCACCGCCCGAUAAAACCAUUGACUGUGAUGUAAUCACAUUGGUGGCAACGCCAUCAGGAACGACAGAAAUCUACGACCGGUCUAAGGCGCGUCUCUACAGCCUGCAGGUGGACCCUGCUACGUACUGCAACGAGCCCGAUGGUCCCCCGGAGCAGUUUGACAACUGGCUGUCCAGAUUCAGUCUGGAGGACCAGAAAGCAGAACUCUCAGAGCUGCUGGUCUCCAGUCCUUCUAUCCGAGCCCUUUACACCAAGAUGGUGCCAGUGGCUGUAGCACAUUCAGAGUUCUGGCAGAGGUAUUUCUACAGAGUCUUCCAGUUGGAACAGGAGGAGGCGAGGAGAUUGGCGUUGAAGCAGAGGGCGGACCAGACCGCACACACGGAGACCCUUGGCUGGGAGGAGGAGGAGGAAGACGACUUCCUCGGCGCUACGUCAUCAUCUCGACUCAACCUGACGCUUCCAUUGGACGACAGCGCGGCCACGCCCCCCGCCGACCCGCCGGCUCUCGCGGAAACGACUCCGCUGAGCCCCGUCCCGUCUCCCGCCUACGAGCGCGACGCCGCCCUCUCGGCCAGCAGCGGCAGCGUCGGCCCGCCGGCGCAGGUGUCGGUGCGGCGGGAGCCCGUCGCCGCGGAGCUGGCCGAGAAACUCACAGAAGCCAGCUUGGAGGACGCCGCGGAGCGGAGGCCCGGGAGGAGGGCCUCGCCUCUGAAAGCGCAGGGGAAAGUGACCCAGCCAGACGUCACGGUGGAUGCGACGUCCGUGCGGGCUCCUGCCUCCAUUUUUAAACCAGAGCCAGCAAAAGCGGAGGGGCCACAGGACCUCAGAGUGUUCGAGCUCAACUCCGACAGCGGGAAGUCCACGCCCUCUAACAACGGCAAGAAAGGGUCCAGCACGGACGUCAGCGAGGACUGGGAGAAAGACUUCGACCUGGACAUGACCGAAGAAGAAGUCCAAAUGGCACUCUCUAAGAUUGAAGCAUCUGGAGAGAUGGACGAAGACUGGGAGAACUGGGAAUGAGAGCCACUGCAACACAAACUCUGUUCCUCCAUUUGAAAGCGAGUUCCCGGCCGACGAGCCAUGCUUACCGUGUUUUAACCCUCUGUCCACGCCGCCACCAUGUCAUGAUCGUCAGGAGGGGGGUUCUGGCGGGUUCUGACCAUAUUGGUGAACCUGUAGAAAAGAGCAACUGGAAGACCACGGCAAUAAUCUCACUGCUCCGCCUCGGCGAGGGGAACGGCUCGUGGCUAUUUGUUGGGGUAACGUCUGACCGGAGCGCAUACGACACGAGUCACUACUUUCUUUCUUUUUUUUAAAGCUUUAGGACACGCGGUGACGAGUCCGAAUGUGAAAGGUGUCACUGCAGCAGGGCAGGAGCCGUUUCCCCGUUUUUCUUUACGCCAUUAGAUGCAUCACGAUGUAUGUCGCGAGUGCAUCGCGAGUUGGGCCAACGGCUUUAACGGCCGGCUGCAAAAUAGCCAUAAACUAUAUAACGCUGCUUGUCAUCUUUCUGAGAUGAAAUACUUCCCACGGGAUUUUUUGUUUAGUUUUUUGAACAAUGAUUUAGUGCUACCUGUGGCCCCAAUUACUCAUCCUUUACCAUGCAAGUGAAUCUUCAAAAUAAGAACAAAUUACAUACAUAUAUGUAUAUGCAUGUAUGUAUUUGUGUAUAUAUAUAUAUUGUGUGUGUGUGUAUAUAUAUAUGACUAUAUAUAUGUGUAUGUAUAUAUAUAUGUGUUUAUAUAUAUAUUCAUAUUCAGGCAUUCACACUUUUUAUUUUGGAUUCUUUCCUCUAGAUUUAUGGCCUUGUAAAACACUGAAGUGAUUCAUGUUAUCCAAAUGAUUUGUGACGAGUCGGUUGCACAAGCAGCUGUCGCGUCAUCGUCGGGUCUUCCCCUCCUUCUCUUCGUCAUAUCCUGUGAUUCAUUUGACCACCAGAGCUCGGUGCAGGCUGUAACUCUCCUGUCACUUUUGAACGAGGCGUUCGUCGUCUUCUGUUUCGGGGGAUUUGUUAGUUCUGACCAGCGAAACCAAAAGGAUUCAAACCGGCUACCGGAGCCGGAUCCUUUGGCUCGAGGGCGGCAUGGGAUCGACUUGUCGGGAGGAAUACGACAAAAACGUUUUUUUGAAGUGUCUGUCGGCAGCGUGUUUAAAGCGAGUUUUAAAGCGUGUUUGAAGCGAGUUUUAAAGCGUGUUUAAAGUGUGUUCAAAGCGUGUUUAAAGACGAGUGGCUCGGCAGGCAGCGCGCCAACAAGGAGCAACGAGAGCACGUUCCAUGCUUCUCCGAUUUUUAUUAUGUUUUCCUCUCCGCCUUCUGUAAUGUAAAGCGAGAUGAAAUAAUUCUAGAGAUGUACUAUUUAUACUAAAAUAUAAGCUUAAUUCUUGUAUAAUGUGCUUUGGGUCGCAUGUCUGUGCAAUACGACGCGGGACAUUGUGCGGAUGAUGCUGUAAAGGUUGUCUCUGGGGAAGACGUGGUCUCCUCCAGGUGUUUGUGUUCUGACCUUGUUGCAUGUCUUUAAUUCUCUUCUGAUUCACACGGCGAGCCGAUCGAAGGUGUUCUGCACUAGUCUGUUUUCAAAUGUGCCGUCGAGCUCUUUUCUUUUUUCUUUUCAAGUUAAGUAUUUCACUCUAUAUAUUUUUGUCAAAUGAUCAUUGUCAUUAAAGGAUUCAUGGCU